GGGCGGGGCCCCGCUGUCAGGCAGGCUCCGGUCAGGGAUGGCGGUGUGCGCCCGGCUGUGCGGGGUGGGUCAGGCCGGGGGGUGCCGGCGGAGGGCCCCGGUGGAGGAGGAGGAAGAAGAGGAGGUCAGGGCGGCGCAGGAGGCCCCCCGAUCUCUGCUGCAGCUGCCGCCGGAGAUCCUGGUGGAGAUCUUCUCCUGCCUCCCCGGGACACAGCUCCCCCUCCUGGCCCUGGUGUGCCGCAAAUUCCGCCAGAUCCUCUCCACCGACACCAUCUGGAGGAGGCGCUGCAGGACCGAAUAUGGGGUGCACGAAAACCUGCGCAAAAUGGAGGUGACGGGAGUCUCUUGCCGAGAAGUCUACGUGAAACGUAUAAACCCGCGGGUGAAGUCGGGUCGCUUUAUGAAAAUCCUUCCAGACUAUGAAAACAUGGAGUACAGGGAUGUGUACGCUCAUCUGCUCCACCAGUAUCGUGACAUCUUAGGCUUGUGGCAGCCCGACCUCGGCCCGUAUGGAGGACUCCUCAACGUGGUGGUGGAUGGACUUUUCAUCAUCGGCUGGAUGUACCUACCUCCUCACGAUCCACACGUGGACGAACCCAUGAGGCUGAAACCUGUAUUCCGGAUCCACCUAAUGGAGAAGAAAACCGCCACUGUGGAGUGUAUGUACGGCCCCAAGGGGCCACACAAUGGGCAGAUUCAGAUGGUGAAGAAGGACGAGUUCUGUACCAAAUGCCUUCAGACCGACUACCACCGGAUGUCUGGCGGGCGGCAGGAGGAAUUUCGCACGUGGCUACGAGACGACUUAGGGAGGACGCUGGACGAUAUUUUCCACGAACAUAUGCAGGAGCUCAUCCUGAUGAAAUUCAUCUAUAUCUGCCAAUAUGACAAUUGCCUUACUUACCGCCGGAUAUAUCACCCACCUAGCCGGCCGGAUGAUCUGGUAAAGCCUGGCUUUUUCAAGGGCACAUAUGGAAGCCACGGCCUGGAGAUAGUCAUGCUGAGUUUCCAUGGGAUGACCGCCAAGGCCACAAAAAUAACGGGAGACCCCAAUGUCCCAGCUGGACAGCCAACCCUGGAAGUAGACCUGACCCGGCCGAUGCGCCUUCCCAGCAUAGAGCAGUUACGCAAUUUCUCCGAACUGUCGCGACUCGUCUUGGACAUCCGGGACCUGAUCAGCAGGGAGCAGCGGCUGGCAGGUGGUGUGGAGGAUGCUGGAAGCAGCAGCAGGGCGGAACCUGCACAGGCACCAUCGCUUGUUGCCAGUGCGGAAGAGAGCGCCGCCAAUGGACCAGAUGCCAGCGAAAACGGGGAGCAGCAACCUCAAGAUCUGCAACAAUUUGUCCUCCCGGAGGAGGUGAUGGCGCGGAAUGGAGAGUACCCCCGCAGCUGUAGAGUUUGCUUUUAUGGAACGGGCCUCAUAGCCGGCCACGGAUUCAGCAGCCCGGAGCGGACACCUGGCCUCUUCAUCCUCUUUGACGACAACCGUUUCGGAUUCAUAUGGCUGGAGCUGAAAUCCUUCAGCCUGUACAGCCGCAUGACGGACAAGUUUCAGAACUCUCAGCCGCCGGCGCCGGAGGCCUUCGAUGAAAUGCUGCGAGCUAUGCAACUAUGGACAACCUAGGGGGGGUGUGGUGGGAGGAGCUUAACAGAAUCCGGGUCAUUUCACUGUUUAGGUCUGUCCCGUCCCCCUCCCUUUCCCCAACCUCAACAAGCAACUAUGGCGACCUCUGGAGGGCGGAAAACACGGUGCAUGUACUCUUUAAUCCUUGGUGCACUGACAGGCCUUGCAAUCCAUUGCAAUGUUUCUGUAGGAUACUAAAGAGUCUGGAAGUGAUGCUUUUAAAUACAAUGAAAACCAAUGGAAAUGGAAAAAAAAAACCUCAUUACAUGUAUAUAAUCUGCCUACCCUAUGUAAUAAUAUAUAAAUAUAUGCCUAACUUAUA